AUGGAGGUAGAGGAGGAGGGAAGACGCUCUCCACACAAUCGUGGCGAAGCGUGUAUCCCCGAGAGCCUCUUUGAUCGCGUAACGCUUGCGUUGCGCGGCGACCUCGAGCAUGAGCGGGACAGGCGUCUCCGACUGGCGGACACUGUCUCGAAGCAUCGAGCUGAGUUUGCCUUUGAUCAGCUUGAAAACGAGAGAGCUUUGACGUCUCUUCGUGACGAGCUAAGGGUAGCUCGUGGGAAUGUUGACCGGUCUCGGGAUCAGAUAGCUGCUCUUCAGACCCUUGUUGAUGCCCACCAUCGGGAGCACAAGGCUCUCUGCGAGAUGCUUGAGCGCAAGGGCGUUCUUCAUCGGAAGAAGCAGCGUACUGAUGGUACGGCUUAA